CAGGUGAAAUAUUGAGGAAAGUAAACAAAAACUGGAGAUUCCGUUGUCUGCAGUUUCGGAAAGAGCGCUUGGUGGCAUUGCGGAGACCAAUCGAAGUGGAAAAAAAGACCAAAAGGGCAGUCAUACGUCAACAGCUUCGCCGCUACAAAACCAGUGCGGGGAACUUUUGACAACCACAAUUCAAAGUCAACCAACCACUCAACAACUUGAACUGAAUAUUCCGGUUACGGAUUAUUCAGCGGCUGAAUGACUGUGGAUAAGAAUAUCAACCAACAGAAAAAGACAUCCUCCCAUAUAUUCUACUCCAAAAUUCUCUUCCUUUUCUCCCUCAUCGUCCUCAUCCUGGCUAUCUUCAGUUCCCGCAUCAUCUCCUCCUUUCGAGUAGCAACGAUUUCUACACAGAUGAUGGCCUCUUCUCAGUACGCAAAGGAGCUCGAGGUAGCUCAGCUCGCCGUUCAGCGGGCGGCCCGCCUCACCAAGCGCGUCUUCCACGAGAAGGCCAAGGGCACCGUUUCCAAGGACGACAAGUCCCCCGUGACCAUUGGCGACUUUGGCGCUCAGGCGCUCAUCAUCAGCGCCCUCAAGGCCAACUUCCCUUCGGACGAGAUCGUGGCCGAGGAGGAGGCCGCUCAGCUGCGCGAAGACACGCCCCUGCGGGACCAGAUCUGGGAGCUCGUCAAGUCCACCAAGCUCGACGACGAGGCUGCCGAGCAGCUCCUCGGCGGCGCCAUCAAGGAUGCCGAUGCCAUGCUGGAGAUCAUCGACCAGGGCAACAGCCAGGGCGGCGCCAAGGGCAGGAUAUGGGCUAUCGACCCCAUCGACGGCACCAAGGGCUUCCUGCGUGGUGGACAGUAUGCCGUGUGCUUGGCACUGAUGGUGGACGGUGAUGUCAAGGUCGGCGUUCUCGGCUGCCCGAACCUGCCUGUGGACGACGCUGCGCCGUUGACUGCGGAUAUCGGCACCAACGCGACCGACGAGGGCCGGGGCGUCAUCUUCUCGGCCGUUCAGGGCCAGGGCGCGACCAGCAGACCCCUGGGCACCGCCGGUCUUGCGGAGGGCAAGCCCAUUGCGAUGAAGCCUAUCACGGAGAUGUCCAACGCGAGCUUCUGCGAGAGCGUGGAGGCGGGUCACUCGGAUCAGGGCGUGGCUGGACAGAUUGCGCAGAAGCUCGGGAUUACCAAGCCUAGUGUGCGGAUGGAUUCCCAGGCCAAGUAUGGCUCUAUUGCUCGCGGCGCGGGUGAUAUCUACCUCCGUCUGCCUGUUUCCAAGUCUUACCAGGAGAAGAUCUGGGAUCACGCUGCCGGAGACCUGAUUGUGCGCGAGGCUGGCGGACAGGUCACCGACGUGAAUGGAAACCGUCUGGACUUUAGUGUCGGCCGCACGUUGGCUAAGAACAAGGGUGUCAUCGCGGCGCCUGCUACGGUCCACGACCAGGUUAUCAAGGUCGUUCAAGAAGUCCUUGGUCAGCAGUAAAGCCUCGUGUCGUAGUGUACAGGUUAUGGCAGGUAUCGGGCCGUUGUGAGGCCAUGUGUGCCAAAAAAAAUAUAGACUAAAUGUACAAUAUACCCCCUUAUCAUCAUCAACAACAACGUCAACCACCAAAACCCAGAGCGCGUCCUCUAUUUGAUCUUCUUCUGCUUCAACUUGAUGGUCUCGCCGUUGACAAAGAUACCCUUACCCUUGUACGGUUCCGGUACACGCCACCUCCUGAUCU